AUGGAGCCCAGUGGCCAUGGCCUGGAGCGGUACGUAGCGCUGGAAAGCACAGUUGGACGCGGUACCCACGGCCUUCAGCGCUGGUUGGCCCCUGCCAGCCUUCUUUUAUCGGCCCUGUUUUUCCAGAACGCCGGCUUGUACUCCGCCAGCUGCGAGUACGUGCGUUGGACGGACGAGGCCGUGGCUUCCGUGGCAGGGCGUGUUUCUUCCAUCGAGGAGGAGGCGCAGUUGGCACUGGAAGAUCCCGUGCACGGUCUGCUGAAGUCUUCGAAGCUCGCGAGGUCACUGGAAGGACUGAGUUGGUCCCCGGAGAUCUGGGUUGAUUUGAUGGCGGACUGUGUGAUUCUGCUGCUGCUGUGGUGGCUUGUUCGGAAGAAUGAUCUCAAGACCUGGACACAUCUUGCACUGUCAGCGUCAGUUCUGGCGGUCUUGAAAGGGUUCCUAGCUUGGUCUACUGUGCUGCCUAAUGCAGCUGGAUGGGGAGGGUGCAAGCAAUCACUUGGUGCCGAUGGCUUGAUGUACUUCAGACGCCAGAACACUGGGAGCUUGAGCCUGAUGGAUUCUUUGUUGGAUAUCACUCUGCUUACUAUCCAGAGCCUGUGGCUGCUGGGACGCGCAGCGCCGCAACAGCUGUGCUCCGACACACUGUUUUGCUGCUCUACCAGCUCUCUGACGCUGGUGUGCCUUAGCGCUUAUGAGGCCGUUGCGCGCAGCGUGGACGAGUUCAGACACGAGCGACGGGCAGCGGUCAUGGGGUUGUUUGGCCUCAUACUCUGUGCCAUCGUUCUUGCAGACAUCACCCUAGCCAUCGGAAGCAAGCUCCACUACAGCCUUGACGUGGUGGCAGCCGUGCCGCUGAGCUUCUUGGUGUACGGCAACCCAGCUUUGGCUUUGAUGGCCCAAGAUUGGGCUGACACAGAUGUAGCCACAAGUGAGGUCCCCACCGAGGCACUAAGAUUCCCGCCCGAUCUUGGUAUUGUUUCCGUGGCCCCGUGCUGCUUACCAUUUGCUGAUCUUGCCGGCACGUAUUAUCUGCAAGACAGAGAUUGGGACUUCGGCCCCUUCAGUUGGACCGCGGAGCGACAGCGUCAGCACUACCGAAGGAAGUCUGAGAUACAGGCAACGCUUGAGGCCACCCGACGACGUUGUGAGGACAUUUCGCUUCUCGUGCAAAACAGCAAGCGGGCAGCCGAGCGUGUCCUUGAAGAGAAGCGCGAGGAAAUGGACCGUCGUGUCUCCGAAGUGCACAACAUGCAGGAGCGAGAGCUCGCCGAUGCAAAGUCAGCGUUGGAGGUGGAUCGCGAGGCAGUUGCUGCGCUCAAGUUGAAGUUGGCCUCCACGUCCACUUCGGUGCCUCGCGGUGCUGCAUCUUAG